AUGUCAUUUUCUCUUUUGAAUUCCUUUAAAAAUCCGGAAGAAAAAUUCACAGCCUUCAAACCUGAUUUUCCCCCAAAAUUGACGGCUGAAGAAUUAACAUCGAUAGCUCGCCGAAAUGUUAGGAAAGCUGGUAAAGCCGCAAAAAUCCCUAAUGUUUUUUUGGUCUAUCGCAUCGAAGUUAAAAAUCAAUUAGCUCAAAAUAAACUUUAUCCCGGGAUGCGCGAACUUUCCACUAUUGCUUCAAAUCUUUGGAAACAAGAACCUGAAUAUGUUAAAGCGGAAUAUAAUCGAAUUAUGGUUGAUGCACAAAGUAGACUUGAAGAAAUAAGCAAUGGUUCUCUUCCGAUGCAAUUUGUCAGACUACAUCGAGUAAGAAAUGAAAAAAAUUCGAAAAAUUCAAAAUCAUCUUCGUCUAAUCCGAAUAUUGAACAUAUGAACAAUCCACUAAUACAUUCCGAUACGCAAGUUAAUCUGUCUCAGUUCUCAUCCACAAAUUAUUCAUUAUCCAAUGAAGUAACACCACCACAGAAUGGCGUACAAAAUUUGCUACCUCUUAUAGAGGGAAAUAAAUUGUAUGAUGAGACUUCUAAUCAAGUCUUUGAGCAAGACAGUCUAUUUAUGAAUGAAUAUAAUGCUGCAUCGCCAAAUUUGAGCAAUUUUGUGUCUCCAAAUCCCCAUUUCAAUCUCACAAGUCAAUUAGAAAAUUUUGAGCAUCGUUUGAUUAAUUUGGAAAAUGCCGUGAGAUCCUUGAGUCCUUCAUACUUCCACAACGUUAAUAAUGGAAUUUCAGCAAAUUUUGAGGAAAGAGUUUCAUAUUUGGAGAAUUUGGUCGCUUUAUUAUUAAUUGAAUGA